UUUUUAAUUUCCUCCCGUCCCAGCAUUGCCAAUUUGCCAUACACCUAAAUCUCAGCUGUCUCCCUUGCGGCCUCGUCUCCUCCCUUUCAUAUCUCGAAUUCCGGCCACCGGCAACCGCCCCGACCCCAUCACACAAUUUCCGUUAAUUUGGAUAAUAACCUUCGAACUCAUCUUUUUGUUGCAUAAUUCUUCCUCUUCCUCUUGUUUUUUUUUUUUUUUUUCCUGAUCUCUUUGUCAGUACCCAAAAACCCUAGAUAUCAAUUUCGUAAAUUCAUCCGGUUGAUCGAGAAAUCUUCCUGAUAUAUUCACAUACGCCCUAAAUUUACCUGCACCUGCAUAAACCUGAGAGGAUAGCGCACUUUGGCGACAGAAUCCGCACAUAGUUUGCGGAAGAUCUAAGGGGAUACAGAGAUAAACUGACUCUGGAUAUGGAGAGAGAUUUUUGUAGACGCAUCUCUCAAUUUUAAUCCCUCACUUCUCUGUUUUUCUUUUUCUCAUUGAAAUACACCUGUGUUUGUACUAAAAAUCUUGUCUGUCGCUGACAAUAGAUGGUGGUAAUAUAUUCUAAAUACAGUUUUUUUGCUCCUUAAACCAGCAACUAUUGUCUGUUGAUCUGUAAAACACAUGUCUUCUUUCUAUUGAUCUAUGAAACACUUGUCAUGGCAAUGUUUGCAUUUUGUGGUUAUUUCUUUAUUCACAUAACUAAAACUGCACCUAUCUCCAAAUUAAAAAAUUUGUAUGUGGAAAAACCAUGGUUACUUGUUUGGUAAUUAAGGUAAAAGUUGACACAGAUAACUUGAUGCCGAAAAUCAUGUCGAAAAAUUUAUUGCGACUAAAAAGAUGGAAAAAACAAUGCUAAUGAAUUGGCGGUAAAAAUCUGCUGUCGAAUUGUGUUUUAAUAUUGUGUAUAGAUAUAGAUAAUUUAGGGGAUAGUAGUCUCUGAUGAUAUUCUUAUGUUUGAGUUAGAGUUUGAAAAUUAAAAAGAUAAUGAAAGAUCUCUAAACUGACAUGUCAACGAUUCUGUAUUCACCUGGCAUCUUUGACUAAUGAAAAUGCUUUAAAUCUGCUUCUACUAUGCAGGAAUAUCUUAUUUUUAGCUACCCUGGUGGGCAUCCUUAAUCCUAUUGAGGUUUCAAUAUGGAUUUGGAGACGGAAAACAGAAUAGCUGCCAUUCUUUUAAAGGAGGCCGCAGAAUUGCGUCGUGAGGCUCAGAAGGAAGGUGCACUUGCUUAUCUUCGUGAGCCCACUGUUAGGUUUAGGCCGAAUUCUCGUUUCUUGACUGCAACUGUUCGUGGAGUUCAACAAGCUAAUCGUGUCGUUGAAGUUAAUGAAAUGUGGCGACUAAGGGAAAAACAGCUGGAACUGGACAAUAAGCUUGGAGGAAUCAGAAGUGGGAGCAACAGUGGAAGAGGUCACAAGGACAUUCGCGAAUCUCACACUAGUACAAGUAGAGCAAGCAAUGAAGUGGAGAACAGUGCAAAUGCUUCUCUCUCUUCAAAGAAAAGAUCUGUUGAGCAUUUUGAUCCAAUGGAGGAUGAAGGUCUAAAGGAUGAUGAGAUUGACCAAUUUUUACAGUCCAGAAUCAAGCGAGGCAGGGGCUCUGUUGGAUCAAGGAUGGACGAAACCGGGCCUUACCUUCCCCUUAGCCCAGAUUCUAAUAACAAGUUUGAGAGCGAUAUUGAGAUGUCAAAUAAAGCAAGAGUCGUGCUUGGCCCGAAGAAGCCUUAUUCCCUGACAUCUAGUGAAUCAUCUUCAGAUGAUGAAUCGCGUUCACACCGGAGGAAGACAGCUAAGGUAGCCUCAAGCAAGCGGCAUUCGAGGAAACACAAAUCAAAAGAAAAAUCUAAAGGCAAGAGUAGGAGGAGGAAGGACAAGAAAAGUAAACAUCAUAAAUGAGCAUGCAGCGUUUUUCAAAUGGAAAGCAGCAGGUGGCUUAGGCCUUGUCUCAGGAUCGACCAACCCCAUACAUCAAUACAUGUGGUUGCCAUGUACAUUAGUUUAUGUAUUUGCUCAUCUUUUUACUAUCACUUAUGGAAUCACUUGACAUUGUUGUGUUGGCCAACUGCCUAUCGAAGGGAAUGUAGAAAAAUUCUAGAUGUCCGCGUUUGGUUCGUAAUGAAGUGGGUUGUAUUCA